AUGAGCAAACGCUAUGAAACUAUACGGCAUCUUGGAGAAGGACAAUUCGCCAACGUCUACAUGGCGAAAGAUUUGGAGACUGGUGAAGUUGUGGCUAUCAAGAAAAUCAAAUUAGGAUCCCGAGAAGAAGCAAAAGACGGAAUCAAUCGAACAGCUAUCAGAGAGAUCAAGUUGCUCAAAGAGAUUCACCAUGAUAAUAUAAUUACGGUAGGUUUCAAAGUUGGAAAGGACCCAAUCUUUGAUUUUCAGCUGCGAGAUGUGAUUGGUCACCGAACAAGCAUUCAGUUGGUAUUUGAUUUUAUGGAUACAGAUCUCGAACACGUUGUCAAAGAUCAAUCGAUCAUUUUGUCUCCUUCUCACAUUAAGAAUAUCACAAUGCAAAUGCUUUUAGGCAUGGAAUUUUUGCAUACACAUUGGAUUCUUCACAGGGAUUUGAAACCUAAUAACUUGCUGCUAAACAACAUGGGACGAGUGAAGGUCACUGAUUUUGGCCUUGCUCGAUUCUUCGGAUCUCCUAACAGAAAUUAUACUCACCAGGUUGUCACCAGAUGGUAUCGAGCUCCAGAGCUUCUAUUCGGUGCCCGUUCCUAUGGAGUUGGAAUUGAUAUCUGGUCGAUUGGAUGUAUCAUUGCCGAACUUUUGCUGAGAAAUCCUAUCUUUCCGGGAGACAGUGAUAUAGAUCAGCUCGUCAAGAUUUUCAAUGUUCUCGGAUGUCCAACUGAUGAAUCAUGGCCGACAAUGAAAGCUAUGAAUAGCUACGUUAACAUCAAACCGCAAAGCGAAACGCCUGGACUCAACUUCAUCUUCUCUGCUGCACCCCAAGACCUGAUUGAUUUGAUGACGGGAAUGUGGGUAUUCGAUCCGGUCAAACGAUUGACAUGCACUCAAUCUCUGCAAAUGGAAUACUUCCGAGCACAGCCGUACUGUUGUCUGGAUGAAGAACUUCCACUUCCGAAUAAAAAACCCGCGAAGAGAACACGCCGAUUAGAAGAAGACGGCUCCCAUCCAGCGAGACGAUUGAUCUUUGAUUGA